AUGGAGGACACAGGAAGAUGGAGCUAUGAACCAGCCAAUCUAACGAUUUACAUGGUCAAUCCAAACAUCUCUAACUCCACUUCUCAGUUCAUAGGGGUCCAGCUCAUCCAGUCCUACAAACCCCUCAUCAUACCUUGCUACACCCUGGUGGUAUUGAUAGGAAUUUUUGGGAACUACUUGCUUCUGUAUGUCAUCUGCAGGACAAGGAAGAUGCAUAAUGUUACCAACUUUUUUAUUGGAAAUUUGGCUUUUUCAGAUAUGCUGAUGUGUGCCACUUGUGUCCCCUUCACACUGGCAUAUGCAUUUAACCAUCAAGGAUGGGUGUUUGGCAAGUUCAUGUGUUACUUUGUGUUCCUUAUGCAGCCAGUAACUGUCUAUGUAUCUGUUUUCACCCUGACAGCAAUUGCAGUGGACAGGUACUAUGCAACAGUGCACCCACUGAAGAAAAGGAUUUCUGUGACUACCUGCGUGUAUGUCUUGGGUGGCAUCUGGCUUCUAUCAUGUGCACUAGUAGGUCCUGCAAUUGCGCACACAUAUCAUGUGGAGUUUCAGCAGGAAGGAUUCACUAUUUGUGAAGAAUUCUGGGUAGGCAAAGAGACAGAAAGGCUGGCCUAUGCCUAUAGCACCCUCAUCAUUACUUACAUCCUUCCCCUCUCUGCUGUAACACUUUCCUAUAUCUGUAUCACUGUGAAGCUUAAGAACAGAGUUGUCCCUGGACAUCCCACACAGAGCCAGGCUGAGUUUGACAGACAUCGCAAGAGGAAAAUCUUUAGACUCAUUGUGUUGGUGGUAAUGGCCUUUGGUAUAUGCUGGCUGCCUAUACAUGUUUUCAACAUUGUAAGAGACAUUGAUAUCAACCUGAUUAACAAGCAUUACUUCUUGCUCAUCCAGCUGCUCUGUCACUGGUUUGCCAUGAGUUCCUCUUGCUGCAACCCGUUCCUGUAUGCCUGGCUCCAUGACCGAUUUCGUAGUGAAUUAAAAAAGAUGUUCACCUUCAAACGCAAGAUCAUGCCUACUAACAACUGUGUAGCGGUCAGUGUAAUGCUAUGA